AUGAAGAGGCUGCAGCUCCAACGAUGGAGCAGUUCAGUCCUUUCGCCGCGGGCUCGGGCUGGUAGUCGGCUGCAUCAACAACUCUACUCUACUGGAUUGCGACUUCAAUCGACUGCUUCUCCGCUUCAAUCCGAGACUUCUAUCCCAGAUGACGUUGAACAUGUCGAUAUUGGAGACCCUGGGAUGAUGCGUCACGUCCGACGUGUUCACAAGCGAAAGACGCAACUGCAAUAUCCCUCUCCUCCGGUCGACGCCGCGAUCAAGUCCCCCAAACUCGCCGCCCUCCACGCUCGACUGUACCUCCCUUCUCGAUUACCCGUCCAAACCCUCGCGCGUACAUUGGUCGAUGCAUCCGCGGACCGCAAUGCCGAUUUCAACAAUGAAGCGCUGGCCACUCUUGGUCACGACCUCCUUACCCACUAUACCUCCGAGCACCUUCUUUGCAACUAUCCCCGUUUGCCUUUGAGCGUUAUAUUCGCUGCUAUGUAUGCAUAUGUCGGGCCCAAAACUCUCGCCGCGAUGACGAAAGAAUGGGGUGUUGAUUGGGCUACUGUGCCUGGUGGUGAGGUCGACCCUGGUCUGCUGCAGUUCAAGAGGAUCGACCCCGGAACCAAGGUGGAUGAAGUUUCCCAGCUGCAAUCACCAAGGCCUUAUGCCGCUCAGAAGGGUUGGAGGAUGACUGUAUCCUCCAAAAUCUUCUAUGACGACGAGUUUGGCGACGCGAUCAAGGGUUCUGCGGCCUCGAAUGAGGGAGUCACAACUGAGAUGGCCAGUGCCACCUUCGUCCGCGCCGUCAUGGGUGCGAUCUACCUACAUGCUGGACGACCCGCUGCAAAGCGGUUCUUCGAGCAACACAUUCUCUCCCGGCACCUCAACAUCUCCGAGCUGUUCAACUUCUCCCAGCCCGCCCGCGAUCUCGCCCGGCUAUGUGCGCGCGAGAACUUCGAGCCUCCCGUUGCCAAGAUUGUCAGUGAAACCGGUCGGAAGAGCAGACACCCCGUUUUUGUGGUUGGCGUCUUCUCUGGUCAGGACAAGCUGGGCGAGGGCGCUGGCGCCAGCCUGGCUGAGGCCCGUGAGCGUGCUGCUCUCGCUGCUCUGAAGGGAUGGUACCUGUAUAGCCCUCUCAACCCGCGCGUUCCCAGCUCCAUGGAAGAGGAGGGUGCUGCGCCAUGGAAGCCUGCUCACGUCGACGUGGGCGAGGUGAUCGUCUAA